AUGGCUGCCAGGAAUAUGAAUACGGCAACAAUUCCUCAAAGCAGAAUACUCGACUGGUUUCCUCAUUCUUUGUUGCCUUAUGCGGAAUUGUCACGGAUCCAUCGCUUUCUGGGCUUCUACCUCAAUACUUCGCCUUAUUUUGUUGGUAUUGCUUUUAGUGCAUCAAUUGCCACAGACCUGCCGGCAUCUUUUCUGCUCAAUCGCCUGGCAAUUUUUUCCAUUUGGUCCUUCUUUCUACGUUGUGCUGGAUGCGUUUGGAAUGAUCUUAUCGACUCGGAUCUAGAUUCCCAAAUCGCACGAACGAAAUCCAGGCCAAUCCCCCGAGGAGCUGUUUCAAAACGAAAUGCCGCAAUUUUCGCUUUUAGCCUUUUUGCCUGUGGCAGCUCGGUCUUGUUGUUCCUUCCGUGGCAAUGCGCCAUUGAAGCCGGCAUCAAGAUCUUCUUCGCCCUUCUUUAUCCGUUUGGUAAAAGAUUCACAAAUUACCCUCAAGUAACUCUCGCCAAUAUCGGGUGGGCUAUCCCGAUGACGAUGCACAGUUUAGGGGUGGAUCCUCUCGACCAUCUUCUGCCAACCGUGUGUAUGUUCCUGUUCAUUGCAACAGUGAUUAUCACAGUUGACGUGGUCUACGCGUGCCAGGAUAUUGAAGAAGACAUCAAAGUCGGAGUGAAGAGCAUGGCCGUUCGGUUCCGAAACUGCAUUCCAACUCUGGCAUACUCGUUAUUCUACCUGUCGACCGCUCUUCUUGCGACGGCUGGAGGACUCACUGGGCUUGGUAUGCCCUUCUUUGUUAUAUCUGUUGGCGGCCAUUUCUUUGGGUUCAAAGGUCUUCUCAAGGCAACUCAGAUCGGGAGAUCUUCAGGAGUAGAGAAAAAUGCGAAGGCGUAUUGCUUCCUUAGCGGUAUUUUUUGGGUUCUUGGGUUUGCGGUUGAGUACUCUAUACGUGGGUACUAA